AUGAAGGUCUUCUUCAGCUCCUUUCUUGUCCUUCUCUUGGCUCAAAGCGUAUGUCAUAGUGUCUUUUUAGGCAAGCAACACGAUUUUCAGGUCUCUGCUGACGAGUCGGAGGUCCGAGACAUCAUUCACGGCUUGCUGAACAAGGCUGGUGUCAACAUCAGCAAAGCGGACGCUCAUGAACUUGUGUUGAGCUACAGACAUGAGGUGGGUUUUUCAGCGAAAUCCUUUGAUCGUUUGCUCUUUGUAGGCCAUCAGACUUUCCAACAAGUACCAACUCUAUAAUAUUGUUGAACCGCAGUUGGAGAAGAUCGACGGGAAAUUCGACGCGCUUAAGGGCGAACGCAACCCCAACGGACCAAAACUCUCGGCUAUUGUUGGCUCGCUGAAGGCGCUGAGAAGUCAGUUGGCAGCCAAGGCUAGCGAGCUCGAAUUGGCCUUCCUCGACGUUGAAAUCGACGUCUUGAGCGCACUUCAGAACGUAAGCAACAAGCAAAACUCUAUAUACAGUGAGGGACCUGAUCCAAUGGCAAAAAACGCACCAUUUUGCAUCCGGGAAGUAUGAAAAAUGUGGCAAAAUGCCUCCCUCUUCAAAGGAAAAAACCUUGUUUUGAAGGACGCUGAGUUUUUUCACUUGGAGAGGGAGGUAUUUUGCCACAUUUUUGAUACAUCCUGAAUGCAAAAUGGUACGUUUUUUGCCACUGGAUCAGGCCCCCACUGUAUUAUUUUUUCGGCAGCUGAUUUUCUUUAACCUCAACCCGUGUUUUAGGCCCCUACCCAAGCUAUUCAAUUCGCAAAAUUCAAGCAAAUCAGUGUCAAUGGAAACCUCGGUCUCAGCGACGCGCGAAUCCACGAACUCCUUGUCAACACCCCUCUUGAAGCGUACAACCAGGCCGCCAAGGUCAAGCUGAACCCCGUCAGAUUGGUGAAGGCCUACAACGAGGCUUUGUUGAACUUGGAUCAAAAGCAUCCCCUGAGCAGCAGUCUCCGCGUUCUCAUCGACAGCCUGGUCGAGCUGGACAACGCCAUUCAUCCACAGAAUAAAGCACUCGCUCCCGUUGGAAAAAAUGUCAUCAAAGACCAGAUCAAGUUGUUGCGAGACGCCAAGUCUCGUCAAGAUGAUUACUUGCUCGAUCAUUUGAGUGGAAAAGCCUUGAGCCUCUACGAAAGCCUUGUGGAUAACCUCUUGGAUCUAAAGGCCGAAAUUCGCAUUUCCAUCAGUUGA